UCCGAGGUAGCCAUCCUCAAGUACUUUGAGAUGAUCACCGGUUCGGUGGCCGCUUACCGCACCCGCCACCCAAAGGUCUUUGAGGUGCCCUUCAACUCGGUGAACAAGUACAGCCUGACGAUCAACCAGACGCCCACUAAAGGAGAUGCUGAAGCUAUUGGCGGAUAUUACCUUUCCAUGAAGGGCGCCCCGGAGCGAAUUCUCGAACGGUGCACCACCAUCCUCGUUGACGGCCCCAGUAGAGGCCGUCGAGAAGUGGCCCUCGACGAGAAAGCCCGGGCCAGUUUUGCCGCCGCCUACGAGGCGUUGGGCGGGGCGGGAGAGCGGGUUAUUGGCUUUGCUGAACGGCACCUGCCCAAAGAAAGCUUCCCGCCGGGGUAUCCCUUUAGCGAGGGCACUGACUCGGAUGCCGCCGGCAAGGAGAAUUACCCCGUCACGGGACUGUGCUUUUUGGGCGCCAUCAGCAUGAUCGACCCGCCGAGGCCUAAUGUUCCUGAUGCAGUAGCCAAGUGCCGGUCGGCCGGCAUCAAGGUCAUCAUGGUCACCGGCGAUCAUCCGAUCACCGCCGCUGCCAUUGCUCGUUCUGUGGGCAUCAUCUCUGACGAUUCAGACACCAAAAGCGACGACCAGAAGCGAUUUUCGCUGCUAGCGCACUUUCCACAGUCAAUCGUUAUUAGUGGGGGUGAACUGGCGCAGAUGAGCGAACCGGAGCUCGAUUCAAUUCUGAGAAGAUACGGGGAGAUUGUCUUUGCUCGCACUAGUCCCCAGCAGAAGUUGGCCAUUGUUUGUGCCGCCCAACGGACUGGGGAGGUAGUGGCCGUCACCGGAGACGGCGUCAACGACUCACCGGCGCUUAAGAGGGCCGACAUUGGCAUUGCCAUGGGCGUCACCGG